UGCUGCUUCCGGUGCUUCCCGGUGGCGCCGGGGUCGCUCCGCGCCUCCGCCUGGGGCCGCUCCGGGGCCGUGGGCAGGGUCGGACCGGCGCCCGAAGGGCCGCUUCCUUCUUUCUGCGUCGGGGAGAGUGCAAGAAGAUUCCCAUCUGGCUUGCUGCAAAUUGCAAGGAAGGCAGCACAGUUGAAGACCCAUCUGCUGCCAUGGUGAAUGAGAAGCACAGUGGCACCCUGCUUGUGCAGCUGGGGCCCAAACUGCAGGCCUACCCAGAGGAGCUGCUCCGGCAGCGGCGAGGCCACGACGGCCGCCCGGAAUACCUGGUGCAGUGGAGCGUCGUUAGCUCGGCAGAGAAAGCAGCGGGAGGCAGCAGUGCCUCCUCUGCAGAGAGCAAGGCAGAGCACAUCUCCAUGUGGAUGUCUGCAGAAGAGGUCUGCGCCAGCUGCCCGGCGCUGCUGGGCCGGAGGAGGCCGGAAGGGCCGCGGCCGAGAGAGGAGAAGGCGCCCGGGCCGUUGGCCGCGGAUGUGCCGCUGGACGAAGCCUCGCUGCUGGAGAUGAAGGCCGAUGUCAGGAGCCUGGUGCAGCGAGCUGGGCGCCAGGUGGCCGAGGCCGGGACGCCCGAGUGCUCCAUCCUGAGCACGGUGCACGUGCUGGGCGCCUACGCCAGCAUCGGCUCUCUGGCGGGCGCCUUCAGGGAGACGGGAGCCCUGGAGCUGCUGAUGGCGAUGCUGGGCCACAAGGAGAAGCGGAUCCGCCGCAGCGCUGGCCAGAUGCUGCGGGCUCUGGCUUCACAUGAUGCAGGGAGCCGGGCCUAUGUCCUGCUGUCCCUGAGCCGGCAGGAUGGCAUUGAGCAGCACAUGGACUUUGACAGUCGCUGCACCUUGCUGGAGCUGUUUGCUGAGAUCACGUCCUCUGCAGAGCACUGCAUGUCCUUCGAGGGGAUUCACCUCCCGCAGAUCCCUGGGAAGCAGCUGUUUGUCCUGGUGAAGCGCUACCUGUGUGUGACUUCUCUCCUGGACAAGCUGAGCGGUGGCGUGGAGCAGGGAGAGGAGCAGCAGGGCUGUGCUGUGCCCAGCCCUGCCUCUGAGGAGAGGAGCCGUGUGAAGCAGGAGUUUGAGUUCAGCAUGGCCAUGGCAAACCUCAUCUCGGAGCUGGUGCACGUGAUGGGCUGGAGCCACAGCCACAGGGCAGAGCCGCUGGCCCAACGGGAGCUGCAGCCUCGCCCUGCCCGCUCCAUCUUCCAGCACAAGACUCCAGCCAGCACUGCUGUCCAAAAGCCUGUGUUGUCUUCAAAUCAUGGUCCCCACACAAAGCAAGGCCGCACCUUCCUGACCGCAUCAGACUUCGCAGACAGCAGUGACUAUGUGGAGUACUUGCAGGCAAACCUGGUGCGUGGCAUGCGGGUGCGCUUGCUGGAGGACUGUGGUGAUGUUAGAGCUGGGGAGGAAGGCGAGUUUCUCCAGAGCACGAAUAGCAUGCACACAGUGCAGGUUUUAUGGCAGUCAACGGGUCGGAUUUACUGGAUGCGUUGGCACAUAUUGGAGAUUAUUGGCUUUGGGGACCAAUGGGAAGAUCCUGCUGCUCAGGAAAAGGAAUACAAUGUGAGAAAGAGCUUUAAUCUAGACACAGUUCCACAGCCAUUCCUGUGCAAGCCCUUGGGGGGGCUGUACUCCCUGCCUUACCUGGGUCAGCGGCUGCCUAAGGCUGCAGAGGCACUGAGCCGUGCCGAGUGGUGGGAGCUGCUGUUCUUUGUGAGGAAGCUGGAGGCACAGGAGCAGAAAGAGAUCACCUGUCUCAUCCAGCAGCACCAGGGAGAGCAGCUGUCGGAGGUGGAUGAAGAAGCCCUGAUGCAGCUGUCGGUGCCUGCGGAGCUGGCCCAGAAGGUGCUGCAGGUCCUGGAGAAGCGGUGCCAGGGCAGCUCUCUGCGUGACCUGCGCGGCUCCCGUGUCUACGGCAGACACUUCCUCGGCAGGGGGGCAGAGCAGGAUGGUGGAGGGAGCAGCGCAGUGUGCUCCGAGGGCGACGGCUGCAGGAGCACCGGCCCCAAAGGCACGAUGGCCAAGGCGGCGGAGGAAGAGCUUUCUGCAGCCGCAGGGCCGCCCCAGGCGCGCAGCGUGGCAGUGAAGUCGGAUUCCCAGCUGUUCAGCGAGCUCUUUGAGAGGGAAGGGCUGUUCUUGCCAGAGGUGACGGAGGAGCAGAGCCAGGUGCUGGGCAGCUCCGAGGGGGUGAGCGAGAGCGGCUCGCUGGCCAGCGUUGCAGCCGUGGUGGACGUGAUCCAGAGCCGCAGCUCGGCGGUGGGGCUGCGCUUAGCUGGGCUCAAGCACAUCCUGAAGAUGCUGGAGGAGGAGUCCAAGUCGGAGCAGCAAGUCGGCACAGCCCAGGGCGGGCUGGGCACCAUCGGGAGCGCUGGGGAGAAGCUGGUGCGGGUGGCCGUGGAGCUGCUGAGCACGGAGGCGGCAGAGAAGGCGCUGGUGGCGGUGACGCUGCGGCUGCUGGCCGUGCUGCUGGCCCGGUACGAGCAGCGCGUGCCCUUUGCCACGGAGGGCGGCGUGCGGGCCGUGCUGGCCUGCAUGCAGCAGCACGGCUGCUCCGGCCUGGUGCAGCAGGCCGGCCUGGCGGCCCUGAAGGUGCUGGUGGGAGCUGCGGACGCUGAGCCGGGAGGUGCCGGUGGGAAGCCCUUGCCCUGGAACCACGGCGACGCACAGAUGAUGCGGGAGAUCUUUGCCAGCAUCGGCUCUGCCUCCAGCGAGGGCUCUGCCAGCCUGCUGAGCGCCAUCCCUGCUGCCCUGAGCACCAUGCAGAGGGUGCCGGGGGGCUCCUCAGGGGUGCAGAACGGCCUGCUGGUGGUGAACAUGCUGAUGGAUGGGCACCGGGGCCUGGCGGAGCAGCUGGCGAGCUGCGGUCUCCUGGAGGUGCUGCAGAGCUGCUGGAGGGACGGGCAGAGCGGCGGCUGCCCGCAGGCCGUGCUGGCCCUCAGCGCCAUCAAUCGCCUGGCCGAGCACCGGCUGCCCCUGGGCCCGCAGGCAGCAGGCAGAGAGGUCCCGUUGGACCCGAAGGGCGUGCAGAUGCUCCUGGGUGGCCUGGAGGACGGCGUCUUGUCCAAGGAGGUGGUGGUGGCCCUGGAGCGGCAGCUCUGCAGCGAAGGCCCUGCUCCCGCUGGCCAGGUGGCUCAGCUGCUGCAGGACCACAGCUGCUUCAGGCUGUUGCUGCGCAGCUUGGAGCUGCUGGGGACAGAGAAGGCUGUGAGCCUGAGCAUCCUCAGGAUCCUGAACAAGUUCCUGGACAGUUAUCAGGAGGAUGUGCUGCCCUGGCAUGAGUGUGUGGAGCCCUGUGUGUCCUGCCUGAGCACCCACAGCAGCAGCUGGGAGCAGGUGCUGCAGGAGGUUGUUGGCUUCCUGCACCGCCUGGGCAGCGCCAGCAAGGACUGCGUGGUGGUGAUGUGCCACGUGGGCACCCACGAGGCUCUGAGCAAAGCCCUGGAAAAGCACAGCACGGUCCCGUCGCUGGCGCCAGCCCUGCUCGAGCUGGUGACGGAGUGUGAGAAGUUCGCCAGCCUCUACAAGAAGCUGACGAGCAGCAUCUUGGCCGGCUGCAUCCAGCUGGUCCUGGGACAGAUUGAGGAGCACCGCCGGAGCCACCAGCCCAUCAGCAUCCCCUUCUUCGACGUCUUCCUGCACAACCUGUGCCGAGGCUCCAGCAUGGAGGUGAAGGAGGACAAGUGUUGGGAGAAGGUGCAGGUCUCUUCCAACUCGCACCAGGCCAGCAAGCUCACGGACAGGAACCCCAGGACCUACUGGGAGUCGAACGGCAGCACCGGCUCCCACUUCAUCACUGUGCACAUGCAGUGUGGGGUGGUGAUCAGGGAGCUGAGCAUGCUGGUGGCCAGCGAGGACUCCAGCUAUAUGCCAUCGCGGGUCGUGGUGCUGGGCGGGGACAGCCCUGCCACCAUCAGGACGGAGCUCAAUGCGGUGACCAUCCUGCCCUCGGACAGCAGAGUGAUCCUGCUGGAGAACAUGACCCGCUUCUGGCCCAUCAUCCAGAUCCGGGUGAAGCGGUGCCAGCAGGGUGGCAUUGACACACGUGUGCGUGGCAUCGAGGUGCUGGGUCCCAAGCCCACUUUGUGGCCCAUCUUCAAGGAGCAGCUGUGCCGGCGGACGUUCCUCUCCUGCACUGCUCGGGCUCAUGCCUGGAGCCAGGAGAUCUGCCGAGACCGGGGGCGGCUGCUGCAGCUCUUUGGCAGACUGAACGGGGCGCUGCAGCACGAGCAGGGCUUUGCCAGCCGCUUCCUUCCUGACGAUGAGGCAGCCCGGGCACUGGGCAGGACGUUCUGGGAGGCCCUGGUGAACCCCUUGGUGCAGAGCAUCACCAGCCCAGGCCCUGAUGGUGUCAGUCCUCUGGGCUGGCUGCUGAGCGAGUACCUGGAGAGCGUGGAGCUGCCCCGCCGUGCCACGGGGCGCAGGGCUACCUUUGGCUCCUGCGUGCGGCGCCUGACCCAGCUCCUGGUGCACGUGGACCCCGGCGGCGCCGAGCCAGAGGAGAGCAGAGCAGCUGGUGGGAAGGAGGGGAAGAACAAGGAGGUGCUGGCCAGGACUGCAAAGGCAGUGGUGGAGAAGCCGAGAGGUCUGUGGGGAAUCUCGCAGUGCUGGCGUGGCGUGGUGCAGCAGCAGGUGCAGCGGUUCCUGGAGGCGGCGGGGCAGGCGCCGGACCUUGCGGAGCGCUACUGCCGGCUGUACCAGCGCCUGCGCGGGGCCACGGAGGAGCUCUUUGGGCAGCAGGCCGCCUUCGUGCUGGCCCUGGGCCAGGGCUUUGCAGGGGCUUUGCUGCAGCUCUCCUUCCUGACUGCCCUGCACGUGAGCGAGCAGUUUGCUCGCUACCUUGACGUGCAGAUCCAGGAGCUGCGCAGGGCCGCGGGCAGCACGGGGCCUCUGGAGCGGCUGCAGCAGUUCCUGGAGCCCUUUGUCGUCUUCAGCGGCCUGGAGCUUGCCCACACCUUUGAGCACUUCUACAGGCACUACCUGGGGGACCGGCUCCUGACGCAAGGGCCGUCGUGGCUGGAAGGAGGCAUCGUGGAGCAGAUCGGGCUGUGCUUCCCCAGCCGCUUUCCCCAAGACAUGCUGAGCAACUUGGCCGAGUCGGAGGAGCUCCAGCGGCAGUUCUGCCUCUUCCAGCUGCAGGAGCAGGAUAAGCGGCUGCUGGAGCUGGACACAGGCCUGGACGAGGUGCUGGGAACGGCCUCGGUGGCAGAUGUGCCGGAGGUGAAGGUGCUGGCCCUGUCCCCGCGCUGCUGGCCUGUGUCCCCGCUCUGCUACAUGGAGAACCCUGGGAGGUUUUUCCCGGCGGUGCUGAGCUCCCCCCUGGCUGAGUUUGCUGACUUCUGCCGGCAGAGCCAGAGCCAGCUGGGCUGGGAGUGCACGAAGCCCCGUCGGCUGCAGUGGACGUGGCUGGGCCACGCCGAGCUGCAGUUUGGAGACUGCGUUCUGCACGUGUCCACGCUGCAGAUGUACAUCCUGCUGUGCUUCAACAGCGCCCAGGAGGUGGCUGUGGAGGCCCUGCUGCAGGCUACGGGGCUCCCUGCUGACCUGGUGCACCACGCGCUGACCCCGCUGACCCACGGCCAGGGCGUCCUGGAGGGGAGCUGCGCUCCGGGGGGUGCCCUGCGGCUGAACCAGGCAGCCCUGGCCCAGGCCUCCGGCCGCCAGCUGAGGCUGCUGCCCCAGCAGAGGUACCUGCGGACAGAGAGGGCUGAGGUGAGCGCCCUGGAGAGGAAGAGGAACGUCCUGUGCUGCCUCAUCACCCGCAUCCUCAAGGUGGAGAAGCAGCUGCACAUCGACAACCUGGUGUUCAGGGUGAUCGAUGCCUGCCAGAAGGGCGAGCUGGGGCCGGGGGUGCAGUUCCUGAGCUUCUGCUGCCACAGCGUGGACGUGCUGUCCUGCAUCCUGCACCUGUUGAACCAGGGCUAUCUCCGGCGCCAGGAGGGGAGGCCUCAUGUCUUGGAAUACAUCUCUGCUGAAUCCACAACACCUCUUGGUGGCCAAGCACAGAUGACUUUCCAGUGCAGGCCAGCACAGACAUCUCUGGAGGAGGACAACAGAGACAGCCUGCAUUGGCUGAAUCCUGGCACAGACAGGGCGGAAGAAUAUCUCAUGGCAAUGCUGCAGGUGCCAAUGGGGCACACGCUCAGUCCAGAGGAGGCCAAGCUGCUCAUGAACCAGACAGUACAGCAAGUCCAGGAUACUCUGAGCAUACCGGAUGAUGUUGCUCGGCACCUCCUCAUGCACUGUAGGUGGAAUGUGGAUUUCCUGAUCCAGUGCUAUGUGGAGAACCGUGAGGCCCUGCUCAUCUCCUCAGGGCUGCAAGUGCAGGAUGUCCAGCCUCCCCCAAGCCCUGGAACCCACUGCCCAGUCUGUGUGAACCAGCUGUGUCCCACUGAGAAGCCACCAACCCUUUGCUGCAUGCACUACUGCUGCAAGCCCUGUUGGAGGGAGUAUCUCAUGACUCGCAUUGAGCAGAACAUGGUUGUCAAUUGCACCUGUCCCAUAUCCGAGUGCCGUGCUCAGCCCACCACAGCCUUCAUCUACUCCAUCGUGUCCUCCGAGGAGAUCAUAGCCAAGUAUGAAAAAGCCCUCCUCAGACGCUAUGUUGAGUGUUGCUCCAACCUGACUUGGUGCACCAACCCUCAGGGCUGUGAUCAGAUCCUCCUUAAGGAUGGACUUGGUUAUGGAGCAGCCUGUUCCAAGUGCUCCUGGAUAUCCUGCUUCAACUGCAGCUUCCCAGAGGCCCAUUAUCCUGCCAGCUGCAGCCACAUGUCUCGGUGGGUAGAUGAUGAUGGAUACUAUGAGGGAAUGACAAGUGAAGCCCAAAGCAAACAUCUGGCUAAGCUCAUUUCAAAGCACUGCCCAAACUGCCAGGCUCAGAUAGAGAAAAACGAGGGAUGCCUGCACAUGACAUGUGCAAAGUGUAAUCAUGGCUUCUGCUGGCGCUGCCUCAAGCCUUGGAGGCCAAAUCACAAGGAUUAUUACAACUGUUCUGCUAUGGUGAGUAAAGCAGCUUGGCAGGAGAAGCGUUUCCAGGAUUACAACGAGAGGUGCACCUUCCAUCACCACGCAAGGGAAUUUGCCGUAAGUCUGAGGAACAGCAUUUCUUCCAUCAGAGAGAUGCCAAAAAUUAGGAACUUGACCUUUGUUUUUGAUGCCUGCAAAGUGCUAGAACAGGCACGGAAGGUGCUGGCCUACUCCUGUGUGUACAGCUACUAUAACCAGGACACUGAGAGCAUGGAUAUUGUGGAACAGCAGACUGAGAGCCUAGAGCUGCUCACUAACGCUCUGCAGAUCCUUCUGGAGGAAACCCUGCUGCAGUACCAGGACUUGGCCACUUCUCUUCAGCUCCUGAAAGCAGAGCACUUCCGUGCGGGUUUGGAGUUGGUGCGGCAGAUCAAGGAGCGUCUCUUUGCAAUUCUCUGGCACUCCACACAGGAUUUCCAUGUUGGGCUCCAGACUUCAGGAGAUGCUGUUCAGAGAAGGUUGAAACUCGCAAAUGUGCCUGCUUCAGCCCUUGCAUGUACAGGGCAAAAAUAUACCAUCCUGUGUGACUCCCCCAACACAGAUGAAGGUGGCAAAGAGGUUGAAGAUGAGGAGUAUGAUCCACAGUGGCAGGAAGACUAUGAUGACGAUGAUGACCUUGAUGAAGACAACUUUAUGAUUGAUAAUGAGUCUGAUUGUGAUUCUUACUUUGAUGAUGAUGAUAGCUAUGACUAGAAGUGUUCUGUCACCCAGCCUGCCAGCUUGGACCUUUGCCUCUGCUUUGUCUCAACCAGUUUGUGUUAAUGUUUUUCCUCAAAGGCAGGAGGACCUCUCAGAACAAAGCAUUUCCUCUGGGAGGUUUCUUGCUCAAUGACUCUUGAAUAUGCAGGAACAUUGCUCUGGGCAGCUGGUCUGUGUUACUGUGGCCACCUCUGUCAGAACGAUGUCUCCUUGCCUUUUUCCCAUGUCUCCAGUUCUGCCCAUAGGUAUUUCAUUGAGUUAGAAAGUCACAGCCCACCUGCAGAGUGAGGGUUGCUGCCUGUUAAAGAGCUGCUCCUUGUCCUUGGUGUGCUCUCCCCAAGGGCUGGGCACAGGGGAGGGUGACACGUGUCCCAGCAUGGCACUGUCUAGCAGUGUCCAGUGUCCAGAAAUGCUGUAAAGAGAUGCCUUUACACUCAAGUUAAAGCCUCCCAGCUGGAGCUGGUAGGAUUCUCUCCAGCCACAGCUGGAUGUGGUUCAGUUCCUCUGGUUGAGAGGGGCUGCAUUUUUGCCCUUUGUUGGAGUUUUCUUCUCUGGUAUGAAGCAGGAAGGGCUGCUAUGAGUGACACAGGUUUGCAGGAUUGUUUAAGUUUAUAAAUACAUGCACACACAUAUAUUUUAUAUAUAUAUAUAUAUAUAUAUAUAUAUGCAGAAGUUGUUCAGAUAAUACUGUAUCUUUGCAAAAAAGGAAAACCCUGAGGAACAAGGGUUGAAAAAAAGUUCUGUUUAAAAAAAUAAACUGUUUUCUUCUA